UCUUGGACGAUUAGGCUUUUGCCAGUUAUUCCACGAAGAUACACAAAAAAGGGAAGAAAAAAGGAAUAGAAGAGAGUUGUUCAUCAGUUUGUUCAAUUCGUGAAGCUUUCUUCCUUUCUCCCCCUUCUCUUAUUUUGAGCAAAAAUCAGAAUUAGAGAAAGUAAGACCUGAAAAGGAAGUUAAAUUUAACGUAUUUUCUUCAGUGUGUAUGAAGGAAGGGGCGAUUUGAUGGCUUCUUCAUAGAUCUAACGCUUUGAGAUUGCUAAUUUUUGAUUCGGAUCUCAGUCGUUUUCAGUUGUCAGGGUUCAGUCAGCGACCAGCAAACAGCAUAAAAGCACCCCACAAACUCCACUCUGAGGUUUUCUUUCUUAAAGUACAAAAUGUUCAGAGCUGUAUUAUGACUGCUCCGUAAUUAUUAUUUAUUAUCAUCUUUACGAUUUCAAGAGAGAUUGGUUGUGAGGGGCUUUUAGUUGGAGCGCUCUUGCAUCCAUUUUGGAUGUUGUAGAUUUGUCAGUAAGCCGGGAUGAAAUGAGGCAUGUUAUCAAGGUUGAUAAAUUUCCUGAAGACCUGUUGGCGCUCAUCAUCCAACAGCCACGUCCGUAAGGGUUUCGAUGCUACUUGCCGGCAGGAUGGACUUCUUUGGUAUAAGGACAUUGGGCAGCACUUGCUUGGUGAUUUCUCAAUGGCUGUUGUCCAGGCAAACAAUUUGCUUGAGGAUCAAAGCCAGAUUGAGUCUGGAUCUUUGAGCUUACUUGAUUCUGGUCCUUAUGGGACUUUUGUUGGAGUAUAUGAUGGUCAUGGUGGGCCGGAGACAUCACGGUUUAUCAAUGAUCACCUCUUUCAGCAUCUCAAGACAGGGUUCACAACAGAGCAAAACUCUAUGACUGUGGAUGUGAUAAGGAAAGCAUUUCAGGCAACAGAAGAAGGAUUCUUGUCUCUGGUUGCUAAACAAUGGCCAAUAAACCCACAAAUUGCUGCCGUUGGGUCUUGCUGCCUUGUUGGCAUAAUCUGCUACAGAACUCUUUAUAUUGCCAACCUUGGUGAUUCCCGUGCAGUUUUGGGGAGGCUGGUCAAGGCAACUGGAGAGGUUCUUGGCAUCCAGCUUUCAACUGAGCAUAAUGCCAGCAUAGAAUCCAUCAGACAGGAGCUGCAAGCUAUGCAUCCUAAUGACCCACAGAUUGUUUUUCUGAAGCGUAAUGUAUGGCGGGUAAAGGGCUUGAUACAGAUUUCCAGAUCCAUUGGUGAUGUGUAUCUUAAAAAGGCUGAAUACAACAGAGAGCCUUUGUAUGCUAAAUUUCGUUUGAAGGAACCCUUUAACAGCCCCAUAUUGAGCUCAGAGCCAUCAAUUUUAGUGCAUGAAAUUGAGCAGCACGAUCAGUUUCUCAUAUUUGCUUCUGAUGGUCUUUGGGAACACCUUAGCAAUCAAGAGGCAGUUGAUAUAGUACAAAGUGGCCCUCAAAAUGGAAGUGCUCGAAGGCUUGUGAAAGCUGCACUGCAAGAUGCAGCUAAGAAAAGAGAGAUGAGGUACUCUGAUCUGAAGAAGAUUGAGCGAGGCGUGAGAAGGCAUUUUCAUGAUGACAUGACAAUCAUUGUCGUAUUUCUAGAUUCAAAUCUUGUAAGUAGAGCCACUGCGUUAAAAGGACCCACUUUAUCUUUGAGAGGAGGUGGCGUCCAUCUACCUGCAAAAACUUUGGCUCCUGUGUGAUGCACCUAUGGAAUGAACGCGGUACCUCUUAAACCCUCUAUCUUUCAUGUGCCCAUGCUUAUGGUAAAUUAAACAAAAAUCUUUAGAGGGUGCACCACUAAAUUUAAUUCUUCAAUGUAAAAUGCAAAUGUUGGACUUGGAAUAAGCUUUUUGUUUAGAUUCUCAUAAGGGAGUUGAAUGAAAAAGACUCAAUGUAGAGAUUCUCUCUGCUAAAUUCAACACGGUGUACAAAAUUUUGCUGUUCAAAUUUCGAAAUCUGGAAUAUGAUCAU